AUGUCCACCACAAUGGCAGCCCCGACCAAGGAAAUCACCACGCCCGUGAAGAUGUCCCAAAACUGGAGGCGGAAGGAGGAGGAGGAGGAGGAGGAGGAGGAGGAGGAGGAGGAGGAGGAGGAGGAGGAGGAGGAGGAGAACGAGGAGGAGGAGGAGGAGGAGGAGGAGGAGGAGAACGAGGAGGAGGAGGAGGAGGAGGAGGAGGAGGAGGAGGAGGAGGAAGAGGAGGAGGAGGAGGAGGAGGAGGAGGAGGAGGAGGAGGAGAACGAGGAGGAGGAGGAGGAGGAGGAGGAGGAGGAGGAGGAGGAGGAGGAGGAGGAGAACGAGGAGGAGGAGGAGGAGGAGGAGGAGGAGAACGAGGAGGAGGAGGAGGAUGAAGAGGAGGAGGAGGAGGAGGAGGAGGAGGAGGAGGAGGAGGAGGAGGAGGAGGAGGAGGAGGAGAACGAGGAGAACGAGGAGGAGGAGGAGGAGGAGGAGGAGGAGGAGGAGGAGGAGGAGGAGAACGAGGAGGAGGAGGAGGAGGAGGAGAACGAGGAGGAGGAGGAGGAGGAGGAGGAGGAGGAGGAAGAGGAGGAGGAGGAGGAGGAGGAGGAGGAGGAGGAGGAGGAGGAGGAGGAGGAGGAGGAGGAGGAGGAGGAGAACGAGGAGGAGGAGGAGGAGGAGGAGGAGGAGGAGGAGGAGGAGGAGGAGGAGGAGGAGGAAGAGGAGGAGGAGGAGGAGGAGGAGGAGGAGGAGGAGGAGGAGGAGGAGGAGGAGGAGGAGAACGAGGAGGAGGAGGAGGAGGAGGAGGAGGAGGAGGAGGAGGAGGAGGAGGAGGAGGAGGAGAACGAGGAGGAGGAGGAGGAGGAGGAGGAGGAGGAGGAGGAGGAGGAGGAGGAGAACGAGGAGGAGGAGGAGGAGGAGGAGGAGGAGGAGGAAGAGGAGGAGGAGGAGGAGGAGGAGGAGGAGGAGGAGGAGAACGAGGAGGAGGAGGAGGAGGAGGAGGAGGAGGAGGAACUGACCGCUUCUGGAAAGUUCGGCCUCAUCCUCAUCCUCACACUCCUCGAACGGCCGCACACGCUGCUUGCCCCUGCUGCUGUUACUGCUGUCAGGGCCCCCCCACCCGGCACUGAGAGCUCGUCCUCACACUCCUCAAACGGCCACACAGGCUGCUUCCCCCCCCCCCCUGCCGCUGUUGCUGUCAAGCCACCCCAAACACACCUCCCAUCCUCCCUCACCUAUUUCUCUGAGUGUGCUGCACGGCAGGCGCCAAGAGAGCUCAUCCUCAUCCUCACACUCCUCAAACGGCCGCACAGGCUGCUUGCUCCUGCUGCUGCUGCUGCUGCUGCUGCUGUCAGGACCGGCACUGCCCUGGGCAUCUGA